AUGAUUACAUUGAAAAGAAAACCCAAGAACAAAUCAAGUAAAAAACAUAAAUCGAAAUCAACUCAACCACACGCAGCAUCACCUGUAAACACUCAAGAACACAUCCAAAAUCAAGGAACUUCGACUCAAGUGGAGUCUCAACCUAUCUCUCGAUCUCAGACCCUUUCUGAUCAAAGUCAAUCACAGAAUGGUGGAUCAUCGAAGAGAAAUAAAUCAAAGAAACCGAAGAAACCAGCUAAGAAGGGUUGCCGGGAUGAUGAUGAAUCCUCCGAGUACGAGACAGCAUCGGAGACUGAGCCAGAUGAAUCUGAGUCAGAGUCGGACUGA